AUGUGGGCUCCUCGUCAAGCUCAUAUGUUGAAUCCGAAAUGGGACCAACACAAAAAUAAAACGGAUGCUUUCGGUAUUGAACAACAUGGAGCGGCAAUUGUUGGUAAUGAGGCCGAAGAGAAACGUCGCUCUUUAGCGAUCUUCUUUAUUUUAUUUGUUCUUGUGCUUGCUAUUUUGAUCGUUCAUCUUCUGAUCAUAUCGAAAAUACAGUUUAUUCCUGAAAGUCUCGCAAUUGUUAUUCUUGGAGCAGUCGUAGGGUCAAUACUUUCUUAUUCAAAUCAUGAUUGGAGUGAAAUAGAAGCGUUGAGCCCCGACAUAUUCUUCUUGGUUUUACUACCUCCGAUAAUAUUUGAAAAUGCUUAUAAUCUUAACAAGGGUUAUUUCUUUUCAAACAUUGGUCCGAUUCUUUCGUUCGCCAUAGUGGGGACAGCGAUAUCGGCACUUGUGAUUGGGUUUUGUAUAUACAUACUUGGUCAAGCAGAUCUAGUCUAUGAGUUUUCAAUUUUUGAAUGUUUUGCGUUCGCUUCUACAAUAUCCGCUGUUGAUCCUGUGGCCACCUUGGCGAUUUUCCAAGCAGUGAAGGUCGAAGGAUUACUGUAUAUGCUGGUGUUUGGCGAGUCUAUGUUAAAUGACGCUGUUUCUAUAGUGUUAACUGCAACUGCUAUACGCCAUUCACAUCCGCCGCUUAAUAGAUUGGGACCGUCAGAAAUUUUCACAAGUGUAACACUUACGUUUCUGACUAUGUUCACUCUCUCAGCUGUGCUUGGUCUGGCUAUUGGACUUCUUAGUGCUCUGCUGUUCAAACAUGUCGAUCUCAGACGGACUCCAUCUCUUGAAUUCGCCCUUCUCCUGGUGUUCGCCUACAUUCCAUAUGGCUUCGCUGAAGCUUUGUCUUUAUCAGGGUGUGUCCAUCAUGCUGAUUCAACAAUUUGCCCAGGUAUCAUGGCCAUAUUGUUUUGCGGGAUCACAAUGUCUCAGUACACUCAACAGAAUAUCAGUCCAGUUACUCAAAUCACCUUUCGUCAAACGUUUCGAACCAUUUCAUUUGUAGCAGAGACCUCGACGUUUGCGUACAUCGGCAUGGCGUUUUUCACGAUUAAACAGAACUUCCAGCCAUCUCUCAUUUUUUGGUGUAUAGUGUUGUGUCUUGUCAGUCGAGCACUGAACAUAUUUCCAAUCUCAUACGCCGUUAACAAAUGA